UAGAAGAGUGCAAAUCGAACGGGGCUCCGGGCUCGUUUGUUAUGGUCACAAACAAGGAAGGAAAGUAAACUUUGACUGGUUGGAAAUGGUGCUAUUUGAGGAAUGGAAGACAGCAUUUGAGUGAAGAGGGUGAUGCAUAUUGCUCUGCAUAUUGCUCAAAAUGAACUUAUCACUUUGUGGGUGUGGCUUCCUGGGGAUCUACCAUUUGGGUGUGGCAGUCUGUCUACGAGACCAUGCCCCCUCCCUCCUCAAGAGCCUCAAGCGAGUUUGUGGAGCAUCAGCAGGCUCGUUAAUCAGCUGUGUGUUAGUGGCAGAUCCAACCAAGAUAGAGGCCUGCAUUGACUUCACUCUAAAACUGGCUGAUGACAUUCGUAAAAAACCUUUGGGAGCCAUGACACCUGGGUUUAAUCUACUGGUACCACUGCGUGGAUUUCUAGAGGAGCAUCUUCCCCCAAAUGCCCAUGAACUUUGUACUAAUACUCUCUAUGUUUCUGUAACAAAUGCCCAGACAAAAAAGAAUGAAGUUGCCUGCCAGUUUUCUUCAAAUGAAGACCUUAUACAGCACCUGAUGGCCAGUUGUCAUAUUCCUUUUUAUGCUGCUUUACGAAGUCCGGUUAUAUCAGGCAAGAAAUACAUGGAUGGAGGUAUGACAAACAACCUAGUGAUAUUUGAGGAUGGUCGGACGCUGACAGUGUCGCCCUUCUGUGGACCCCAAGACAUCUGUCCACGUGACAAGCCGGGCAAGGGCUGGUACUUCAACUUUGCAGAACAGCAUUUCCAGAUGAAUAAGAGGAAUAUGGUGAGAGGUAUCCAUGCCUUGUUUCCACCCUCACAGAAAAACUUGAAAAUUUAUCUCAAUCAGGGUAUGAAAGAUGCUGAAAGGUUCCUUCGAACGGAGGGACUAUAUGUGUCUUAACCAAGAGAUCUCUAAACCACACUGUGAUUCUAUCAUCUAUGACUAAAUGACAUUGUAAUUUUUAUCUGUAUUUUUCUGCCAAUAAGCCCAUGCCUGGUAAUAAGCCCAGUCCACAAAUCAUUGUCCAUCCCUACUUAAGUUUAUGUGUUGACCCCCAUGGCAUAUUACAAGUAUGGAAUCAGUUAUUUACAACAUACGAAAGCUCAUUUUUGACAACUGUUUGAAACAUGUCAUCACAAAUUGAACAUGUUAAAUCUGAUUUAGAAGGCAUGAGAUCAUAAUUUUAUGUCCAUUAUUUUAAGUAUAAUUAUGUGUGCUCAAUUGCAUACAGACCCCAAUGAACAUUAGAAACUAGUUUGUUUAAAUUGAUGAUAAUAAGUAUAGUGCAAAAUUAAGAAAUGUUGAAAAAUCUGUUUUGAAAAAUAGCCACAGUCCAAAUACGUUUUAGUGCUUUGUCUUCCUUCAUAUUUGAUGUUUAUGUUUGAUAUGUUUUUGGAGUAUUGCUAUGAUAUUAGCCUUUUUAAUUAAAUGAUAUGUUAAAGGGACAUCACGGUAAAAAACUUUUUUUUAAUGAUUGUACAUGUUUUGUACACUUUCUGUUUUGUUUCUAUGUUAACACAAUAUUCACAUCGAUUUUAAGUAUCCAGCUCAAUCACAUGAUUUAGUCAGGAAAUCUCUCUUGAAUAUACAUGUGGCACUGAUAAUGUCAGCUGUUUGUAAACGAGGCGGGACCACAUGAUGUGUGUAGUCACAGUGCGUAAACACCUCUUUUUCGACAUCAGAUUUGGUUAUAGUUGUGGCAGAUUUUACUUGAUAACUUGAAAUCAAUUCAGAAUUAUGAAAAAGUUAUAUUUAUCACCAUAAUUGUACCAAAGUAUAUACGUAAACAACAGGUAGAGCAAAACAUACGUAUACGUUGUCCUCGUCUGUCAAUACGCUCGUAUUGGCAAUUCAGCAGGAUAUGUGCAUCUGCUUGCUUGAUAAGGGUCCCAUUUUCAAUGUUGCUUCCCUAGCAAAAUUCUAGGGUUUCUUAUGCCUAUUUGGCCAUCUAUUAAUUUGUCACUGAUACUGUAACCCUUUUCAAUCGUAGACGAGGGAGCACCAUUAUUGUUUAAAGAAGUGUUGUUUGUUGUGCUGUAGUGUUAUCAUAUAUAUGACACCAAAAAUUCAUCUAUGUCCAGACUGUUGAGCAACAGCGUGAAAUUUCUCUUUUAACUCACAGCUUUUUAUAAAAAUUUCAGUGAAAUCCAAUUAUCACUGUUCUUAAGAUGAUACUCUUGAUUAAUGUAUGGAAUAGUUAAAAAAUAACAGUACAAACAAAAAAAAAGUUUAACCGUGAUGUCCCUUUGGUAUGUUAAUGAUUACUGUAUGUUUAUGAUUUGUUAAUGAUUACUGUAUGUUAAUGGUAUGUUAAUUACAUGUUAAUUAUGUUUUAAUUGUGUAUAUUAAUGGAACAUUGAUGACUGUUUACUCACCUUUUUGAAAACAUACAUACUUUUCAAAUACCUUAUAAAUAUUUUCCUUAAUUGAGAAUAAACAAUGUUACAACUUAUAUUUUUGACCAAACAUUUAUAUAACUUUUAAAAGGAUUGUAGAAAAAACAAGAUAUUUGGCAUUCAAUACAAAUUUAGAGUUACAUACGCUAGAGCCAAAGUAAUAUUCAUUAAAAUUGUAUCAUUAUUCAGCUAAUUCCAAGGACUCUUCAAUGAUGCCAAGGGUCUUAAGGGUUGGUACCAAGGAGUUAACAGAAAAAUUGUUUAUUAUUUUUAUAUUAUUCUGUUGAAGUAAAAUCUUAUACACACCAGACUUAUUCUACAAAAAAUAUACCGUAUCGAUAAAAUUGUAUUACUUAUGUUCAAUAAGUUGACACAAUACUAUUUAAUGAUUAAGUUUGAAUAGAUACAGUGUUACCAAAGAAAACCACAAUCUUCAUAGACAAGUGUUUAUUUUCAUAACAAAAAUGUGCCCUUGAAAUUUACUUUGAAUAGUAUUGGUAUAUAUAUGAAAUUUGAUUAAAAUGGAUGUGAUAUAUUUUUAUAAAGUAUUAUAUUUUCUAAAUCUUGAUAAAUAGAUGUGUAUUUUACAUAAACACGGCCAUAUUUGUGAACAGCAUCACUUCUUACUAAUAAGUAUUUAUAAUACGUUUUUACAGAUAUUGGGGUUAGAAAGGUUUUUACCAAGCUCCUGUGCUAAGACUUAUAUGUACUAUGCUUGGGGUUAGAAAGGUUUUUACCAAGCCCCUGUGCUAAGACUUAUAUCUACUAUGAUUGGGGUUAGAAAGGUUUAUACCAAGCCCCUGUGCUAAGACUUAUAUGUUCUAUGAUUGGGCUUAGACAUUUGUACCAAACCCCUGUGCUAAGACUUACAUGUUCUAUGAUUGGGGUUAGAAAUUUGUACCAAACCCCUGUGCUAAGACUUAUAUGUUCUAUGAUUGCGCUUAGAAAGGUUUUUACCAAGCCCCUGUGCUAAGACUUAUAUGUUCUAUGAUUGGGGUUAGAAAGGUUUUUACCAAGCCCCUGUGCUAAGACUUAUAUGUUCUAUGAUUGGGGUUAGAAAUUUGUACCAAACCUCUGUGCUAAGACGUAUAUGUUCUAUGAUUGGGGUUAGAAAUUUGUACCAAACCUCUGUGCUAAGACGUAUAUGUUCUAUGAUUGGGGUUAGAAAGGUUUUUACCAAGCCCCUGUGCUAAGACUUAUAUGUUCUAUGAUUGGGCUUAGAAAGGUUUUUACCAAGCCCCUGUGCUAAGACUUAUAUGUUCUAUGAUUGGGGUUAGAAAGGUUUUUACCAAGCCCUUGUGCUAAGACUUAUAUGUUCUAUGAUUGGGGUUAGAAAUUUGUACCAAAUCCCUGUGCUAAGACUUAUAUGUUCUAUGAUUGGGGUUAGAAAUUUGUACCAAACCCCUGUGCUAAGACGUAUAUGUUCUAUGAUUGGGGUUAGAAAUUUGUACCAAACCCCUGUGCUAAGACGUAUAUAUAAUAUUUACAUGUCAUGUUUACUGUGGUGACAUAUCAAUGCUAUUCAGGUUAAUCUGGAUAAUACUUGUACUGGGUAUAAGUAUUUGUGAAAAGCAGUAAUCACAUGCGUUAUUACUACAGACACAGGGACAUGGCACAAAUCCCAUGUUCUUAUAAAAUUAUUAUAGAUAUUGUAAUACACUUAUACAGACCAGUCCCUGUGCUAAAAAGUGUAUAUGUACUUUUAAAUUUAAUGUUCACUAUUUCAUCUGUGCUGCUUAUACAGUCACAUAUCAAUAUGAUUUGAUAAUAUGUACAAUAAAAUAUAUCUAUAAAAACAAUCUUCAUAUAAACAGAAUAGAAAAGUGAUCUAUGUGUAUAUAUUCAAUGUGCUUUGUCUCAACUUAUUGCCUCAGAAUCUGUUAUUUGAAUUUAUCUAAUUUUACAAAUUCAAGCAUUAUCCUGUCACAUAAUCCUUAAGAUCACAUGAACUUGAAUUUAUUUUUAGCUGACCUUAAUAGCUUAAAUUUGAUAAUGUAAUGUUUUAUUGUGCAUAGAACCAAGCAAUACAUACGUAACCUUGGUGAAUACUAGCCGCGAUAUGCCGCUCCGCUAGAGAGAUCUUCUCUUUAGCUCGAUCGAUUGAGCGUAAGACUAGUAAACCAGAGGUCCCGGGUUUGAUCCCUAGCGGCAGCAAUGAUUUAGAUUUAAUUCAUCAUGUGCUCUGUUACACAUACCGGGGUAUAUAAUACUGGGCUCUACUGGGUUUGGGUAUGAGUUUAAGUAUUGAUUUAGGUAGUUUACCCCGAAAUCCAAAUUACCUAUAGUACAUUGGUAAUCUGUGCUCGGAUCUUAGGCCUGCACAUGCACUGUUAGGCCUAAUUCUUUCUCAACACAGGGCUUGGGACUGGCUAUGGCAGUGUUUCAAUUAUAUACUAGGUACCCUGUUUAAAAUUGAGUAUUUGCAGAUUAAAUUCCAAGAGGAAGACAUUUUUGUGAAAAAAGAAAUAAUAAAUAUUUUUUCAAUGCUACAUGUAUGUCAUAUAGGUAUUCAUAAACUUGAUGCUUUUUCAUCUUUGACAGAGCCAUUCACAAACUUGAUAGGAAAAUAUUACCAAGGAUUUAAAAUGACAGUGUUGAAUAUAUCCCUUAUGUGUUCUCUGUAAACUCAUUUCAUAGGCUAGCCAUUGUCCCAUUUUGUCUGGAGCUACAGGGCAAUUUAUUAUAUUUUUAUGUACCUGAUUUGAUACCAUUUGUGAUAGAGUAACCUCCCUUGUCCCAAUCAUAUAAAUAAGUAAUAAUGUAUUGAACUUCCUAUUUCUUCCAUUAAAAAGAACAGUAUACAUGAUGUAUGUGAAUAUUUAAAGUUAUGUUCAGGAAUAGAUUGAUAUACAUGUAUUGUUACAAAGUACAAAAUAUUUCAUGUCAUAAAAAAUAUUUGUCUUUUCUUCCACUUCCUCUACCUGUUCUUGACUUUAUUUAGUGAUAUUUCUAUGUACCGUAAUCAGUUAAAAUGUCUGAAUUUUGCAAAAAAUAUCAUACCUUUUGAGUCUAAAAAUGGUAUAAAAGUACCUUCUUACUACCAUAUAAACAAACAAAU